CGGCGCGGUGCUUUGAUGUGCUUUGAUGUUAGUUUGUGUCGAGUUGUUUUCAAACAAAGUGGCUACAAUGUGUCAACAAGGCGUCACGGUCCUGGACGUAGAGAGGGUGAAGACUCUGGAGACGUGGCUGAAGACCAACAACAUUAAUCUGACUCAAGUUAACGGCCAGAGGAAGUACGGAGGACCGCCUGCAGAAUGGCUGGGGCCCCCCCCAGGGGCCCGCUGCGAGGUCUUCAUCAGCCGGGUGCCCCGGGACGCCUACGAGGACGUGCUGCUGCCCCUCUUCAGCUCGGUGGGUCCUCUGUGGGAGUUCAGGCUGAUGAUGAACUUCAGCGGUCAGAACCGCGGCUUCGCCUACGCCAAGUACGGCUCGGCGGGCGUGGCCUACGAGGCCGUCAGGCUCCUCAACGGGUACGUCCUGCAGCCCGGCGCCACCCUCAGCGUCCGCCGCAGCACCGAGAAGAGACACCUGGGGAUAGGAGGACUUCCUGUCUCCGUCAGACAGGAGGACCUGCUGCAGGUUCUGCGUUCCCUGUCAGAGGGAGUAGAGAGAGUUUCUCUGAAAACUGGCUUUGGGAUAGACGGAGUCUGUGCUCUGGUCACCUUCUCGUCUCACCACGCUGCUUCUAUGGCCAAGAAGAUGCUGGCUGAAGCGUUCAAGAAGCGUUUCUCUCUGGACAUCUCCAUCUGCUGGCAGACUCCAGAGAAGCCCAGUCCAGAGGAGAGACACCAGAGGGUCUCUAGGACCCUGCUGCCCUCCCCCACCAAACCCCGCCGCCCCCUCCCCCCCCCAAAGACCCCCAACCAGCCCCCCCGCCUGGCCCCCGACCCCCCCUCCACCCCCCCGGGCUUCUGCAGGGCGGUGGGAGGACGUCCUGCAGACCUCCACCUUCCUCCUGCUGCUCCUCCCAGCUCCCCCCGGUCCCCCCGGGGGUCCCCGGCCCCGGGCCCCUGCCCCGUCCUGCUGCUCCACAGCCUGUGUGAGGUGAACGGGGUGGGCCCCCCCCUCUAUGAGAUGUUCUACAGCCACACGGGGCCCGACGGCUUCCUCUGCUUCUCCUACACCGUGGGCAUCCCCGGGGUCCCCAGGGCCUUCGGGGGCCUGGUGGGGGUCCUCCCCGGGCCCUCGCCCUGCUCCACCAUGGAGGAGGCCAAGAGGGCCGCAGCCCAGGAGGUCCUCAGGGGCCUCUAUGAGAGUUAGAUGCUCCUCAGGGGCCCCUAUGAGAGUUAGAUGCUCCUCAGGGGCCCCUAUGAGAGUUAGAUGCUCCUCAGGGGCCCCUAUGAGAGUUAGAUGCUCCUCAGGGGCCCCUAUGAGAGUUAGAUGCUCCUCAGGGGCCCCUAUGAGAGUUAAUGGUCCCUGUAAACCUGCUGCUGCUGCAGGAAAUGAUGUUAUAUAUUGUUAUUAUGUUGUUAUAUCUUAAAAAAAGAAAGAAAUAUGGUUCAUGUUACAUGUAGUUUGUUGCUUUCUGCAUGCUUUUAUUAGACUUGUUUACAUUUCCAUGGUUUGUUUGUUUGUUUGUUUGCAUGCUUUUUAUUGUGUGUUACUGUUUUAUUGGUUCCUCAUUUUAAUUAAAUGAGAUUUUGAAAACUAAA